GCAAAGUAUCAGUGGCACAACACGGUGAUUGUAUUUGUCUGGAAGCGACGCUGUAAAAAGAUAUAUAUGCUUUCUGCCGUUGUUUUAGACCCAAGCUGCGACUAGAAAGCCGUGAUUUGUAGCGGGCGGUAACGGAAAAUGACGGCGUUGUUUCCGUGGGUGCCGACGUCCAAUCUGGGGUACCGUUUUUCCCGUCAAGCUGUCAACAAAUGGUACCCUCAGCUGCGGAAUUUGUAUCCUCUCCCCAUGUUGGAUGGCCCGUUGCCAGCCGCAAAACCCGAGACAACAGUGCUGCAUGGCGAAUUGCAGAAACCGGACCCGUUUUGCUACAUGGAGGACCUCUUUGACCGUGACACGCAACAGUACAUCAAAAAGGAAAUGCAGCAUUUCGCUCUGAUUGACAGUAAGUUUGAUUUUAAACAUUCAAAAGGUCGUUUAUGGGCCGAACUGGACGCCAAGGUCGUGGUCAGUAGCCGUGAUGGCGGCUACGAUAAAGGAGAGGAGCGAAUCGAUGAUUACGUGUACUUUACGCGUGUUGUCCCAGGACACGACCCUGACGCCGUCGGAUUUUAUCGCAAACGUUUUGGUGAGGUUGAUCUACUUGCCGAGGAGCUCAUCAACCCUGUCUUUCUGCAGCAACAUUUCGGGUACAAGGACUGCUCUGUUGGUGUUUGCCGCGUUUCCGAGGACGGCAAGUAUCUUGCGUACACGCUUUCGGUCGAGGGAGGCGAUCGCUUUUUGUGUCACAUUCGCAGCAUCGACAACGCUAGUCUGUUCCACGUAAUCCGCGGCAACAAUAUCGUGAGCAUCGAAUUCGGGUCCGGUAAUCAGUUUUUCUACACGGAGUCGAAUGAGCUGAAUCGCCCGCAUCGUGUCAUGAUGCAGGAGAUACGGCCCGGCAUUCUGGAGCCGCCAGUUGAGAUUUACCGUGACGACGACGAGCAGUUUUUUGUUGAUGUUCGAAAGACGAAGGACAACAAGUUUCUCACCAUCACAUCUGACUCCAAGGUCAAGGGGAACGCGUUAGUUAUGCCGGCAUCCUACCCUAUUAUUCCCACUCCUCUCAAGUCCUUCUUUAAAGACGGCAAGCCGAUUGAGAUUGUCGGAAAAACGGGAUGGAACUGGCUGGAACACUACCGUGGCCACUUCGUCAUGGUGACAUCUAACAAAGGACCCAACUUUCGUGUUGUGUACAUCCGUGACGAGGUAGCGCUUGCGUACGGCAAAGAGGCAGAAUGGAAGGAGUUGGUGCCACAUCGCGACGAUGUGCAGAUCACAGAUGUGGACCUCUUCAAUGAUCGCAUCAUCCUCUUUGAGUCUCAUUGCGAAUUUGAGCGCAUUCAGCAAGUUCGCGUGAUCAAAUGUGACGACGGACUUGACGCAGCUGCGCAGUCACCGCGGAGUAACGACGUGGUUCUGCACUUCCCGCCGUUGUCAUCUGUCACGCCAGGCCUCAACAAGAAUUUUGCGCAAGAGUCGAUGAAUUUCGUCUACAGCAGCCUGAUCCAGCCGCCACGCGACUGCGUUUUCAACUUCAGCUCGAGCAUCACCGCAGAGCAGGCGAAACUGUGCGCGCCGGAGGCGCUCUUUACGCAGCGGCAGGCGGAGCAGUUCACUCCGUGGGACUACAUGUGGCCGUACAGCAUGUAUCGGGACGUCUGCGUGUCCGAGGACGGGACGGAGAUUCCGAUCACCAUCUGCCAGCGUCGCGAUGCCUUUGUGCAGGAGGCGACCGACUUUGAGGCGCAGCCCAACACUCCAAAACACUGCCUCAUCUACGUUUACGGGUCGUAUGGCGAAGUUCCAUCGAUGCAUUUUCAGCUGGCACCGUACAUGUGGAUGCUGCGACGGCGGUGGACCGUUGCGUUUGCGCACGUCCGCGGUGGUGGCGAGCUGCCGAACUGGGCGGAGAUGGGCAAGGGGAAGAACAAGCUCAAGUCGAUUCAGGAUUUCGUUGCGUGCUGCGAGCACAUGGUUGACGCGGGAUACACCAAGCCCGAGUUGAUGGUAGCGGGGGGUACGAGCGCGGGUUGUGUCCCGAUCGCGGCGGCCAUGAACAUGCGAGGCUGCGGGCUUUUCGGCAACGUGCUGCUGCGGUCACCUUUUCUCGACGUCAUCAACACCAUGUUGGACCCCGAGCUCCCACUCUCGCUUGCCGAGCGCGAUGACUGGGGGGACCCGCUGAACAACAAGCCUGAUCUAGACCUACUAAAGCAGUAUGACCCUUACUACAACAUCAACGACCGUGUCACGUACCCGGGGAUGAUGAUUUCUGCGUGCCUGGACGACGACCGAGUGCCGGCGUGGAAUGCGCUCAAGUACGUCGCGAAGCUGCGGCAGCAGCGGGCGCGAAAAGACGUCGACCCGGUGGCGCGGCCUUUAGUCCUGCGUGUGCGGAGGAGCGGCGGGCACCACUUCUGGGACGACACGGAGAACAUCUGCGAGGAGAUUGCGUUUUUGUGUGCUCAGCUAGACCUUGAGGGCCCUGGCAAAAUGCUCAAUGACAUGGAUGUCAUGACGCACAUGCACAACCUCACCACUACCGGCGCGAUGGAUCACGAUGAUCAGCAAAAGGUGUUUCUGAAGUGGGACAACUGGGAGCGGGAGCGCAUCGAUUACCACGUCAAGCUGAACUCCUUCAACUGGGAGCCGAAUUUCCGCAAGAUGAAGGCGGAGAAAGAGCCCUUCUUCUGGGUUCCGACCGAUUCGGAGCUGGAUCAGAAGAAGGUGGACGAGAUGUUCCGCACAAAGGAGCGGGACGCCCGGGAGAGCACAACGUCUGGCGCCAAGACGGGAAGCCACGGCAAGGCGAGUGGCCGGAACAUCUACCAAGAGGAGCGGAAACGUUAA